CUAACUUCCACUUUAACUGCCAGUCAAGUAGGUUUGAACAAGUGAAGCUACCAAUUCUACUAGCUGAAUGCAAACAAAGUUGAAUUGAACACCGGCGAGUAAACUAGUUUCUUCCCAAGAAAUAAAGUGCAAAAAAAAUGACUGAAGCCGGAUAUAAACUAGACAUCCCAGAUUUCCUUAACAAGAAAUUUCUAGAGAAAUGCAUUGAGAAUGGUUUAGAAAUGAACUGCGUCGAAGUGGUCCAUUUCCACGUAACUCCGGGAAGUGACCCUGGAGAAAAUUACACCAGCACUCUAUACCGCACUAAAGUUAUGUACAAUCAACCCCUCUCCAGAGGCAAUACAAUACACUUCAUCAUAAAAAGUAUCCCAAUCGAUGAGGCGCUCGCCUCUAUGGAAAAAUAUGGAUUUGUUGACAAGGAAAUCUGCGUUUACCAGAAAUUAUUACCCAAAUUGCAAACAUUACUUGAAACAAAUGAAACAAAUCCAGUUGCACCAAAAUGCUACGAGAUUUUAAGGAUUCCACAUCGCAUCCUGGUUUUGCAGGAUAUGAAGGCUUUUGGAUAUUCUGGCGCUGAUCGUGUAAUCGGACUCGAUGAAGGACAUUUAGAAGUAGUUCUAAAGAAAAUUGCAAAAUUUCACGCAGCGUCCAUGAUAGUACUAAGCAAGAAUCCUGCAAUUGAAGGAAACUUCUGUUCCGGAUUUUUUACGGAAGAGACCGUUACUGAUCCACUAUAUGAGGCCAGCUUUAAAGCUCAUUUAAAACUAGGAGCAACAAUGUUGUUGGGAAUUCCUGGUUAUGAGCGAUUCAGUCCAAAACUAAUGAAAUUGCAUGAUAACUUCGCGGACAUUAUAUUAAACGUUGUCAAAGCGAAUUACGAAGAUGAUAUUAAAGUGUUAAAUCAUGGAGACCUUUGGGUUAACAAUUUCCUGUUCAAAUACGAUGAUAAAACUAAGAAACCACGAGAUGUGGUAUUUGUUGACUACCAAGGAUCGCAUUUCAAUAGUUUGGGAAUUGACAUUAACUAUUUAUUCAGCACCAGUGCCCAACCAAACGUUCUUCAACAGAGAAUGGAAUUGAUAGAAAAAUAUUAUUAUCCGUCAUUUACUGAAACCAUAAAAUUAUUCAACUUUCAGCCUAUUCCAUCACUUCAAGACAUCACAACGCAAAUUGAAAGGCGCGAUAUGUUCUUUGUAAUCUGCCUUUUUGGAUUAUUACCAUUGCAUUCAAUGAAUAAAGAGGAAUCUAAAACAAAUGACUUAACCCACUUUGCUGAUAAAGAUCUCGCCGAAAGGAAAAGUUUGGUUGGAAUGUCUAGUAGGAGAUUCAUGGAGUCCAUGAAGUAUACAUUGAAUGUUAUGGAGAAAACAAUUGAUGACAUUAUUAGCAAAUAUUAAAUGCUAAUAAUUUUGCAAACAUCUUCAUGUGAAUGGCUUUAUUGGAUAGAUAAAACAAAUAUAAAAAUUAGACAAA